UGACUACACUUCCACACAAGCGUUGACUGAGACGUUGUAACUGAGUUAACGGAUCAAACGGUUGGCACGUAACAAAAAUUGGCGCAGUCGGUAGGAUAUUCAAUAGAAGGCAAUUCCACAUCAGAACCACCGAGGAGCUGAACAACUUGCAGUCCUUCAACUUCUCAACUUCCAUUGAAUAGCUGAUACUCCACUGGAUCAUUCAGUCAACAACAUGUCUUCAAUCAACAAUUGUUUGAUGGUGAUGUGUAUCAUGACGGGUAUUGAAAUAUCAGGACAAGAAUUUGACAAAUAUUUUUCUAUCGAAAACUUCGACAAAAAUCCUCCUGGAUUAUACUUCGAAAAUUAUGGACCGACCAGGUUAAUCGGAGCAGAAUAUAAAUUAAUUAUGUACUUAUCAUUAGCUGAAUAUAAUAAAAAAUAUAAUGAACUAGGUAGAAAAAAUAAACGAGUUAGACACAACAUGUCAAAAGUUAAAAUUAAAUAGUUUGUGCGGGCGAUAUAACUAUGUAAUCACGGGAUUAUACAAUGAAGUUACUACACAGCGUAAUCGAAUGUACAUUGCAUUAGGAUAUUCGGAAACAACCACAGACAGGAGAGAAAGAAGAAAAAGGGGUUUAAUAAAUGCGAUAGGAGCGGUUAUGAAUACAUUGUUCGGAGUAUGCGAUGAUAAUUGUGUGAGUAAAGCAAAUGAACAAAUUAAAGAAAUAGAGGUAUCAGGAACUAGUACAUUACAUAUAAUGAAAUCUCAGACUACAGUAAUGAAAACGGCAGUACAACGUAUAGGUACAACAAUAGAACAAACAAAUAAAAUGUAUGACGAAUUAAAAACUAGGGAGAAACAAUUUAUGUUAAAACUUAAUGACGUAACCAAUACAACAAAUAACUUAUUAGAUUUAGUCGCUAUGUCAGAAAUACACAAUAUUUAUACUGCACUAACUAAUCAAUAUGAAUAUGAAACUUCAACUAUAAAUCAAAUAAUAACAGCCGCCAGAGGGGGAAUAAUACAUACCAGUUUAAUCACACCACAAGAAUUAGCAACCACAUUGAAAGAAAUAUCACAUAGAAUAAAAGGGAAAUUGAGUAUACCAAUGGGAACUAACACCGCCGAAUUGUACGAAUUACACAAAAUAACUAAACUAACAGUAUUUUACGAAAAUGAAAGACUAGUUUUUAUAACUAAAAUACCAUUAAUAACAGAUACAGAAUUAAUACUAUACAACGCCAUACCUAUUCCGAUGGUGAGAAUAUUAACUUAUGGUAAUUCACUUAAUACAAGGGUAACUAUAAAUCCAGAAAAUGGUAAUUCAAUUAAUACCAGGGUAAGCAUAAAUCCAGAAAACCCAUACAUAGCCAUUACAAAAGAUAGACGCGAAUACACUACUUUUACCGAAAUUCAAAUUCAAACAUGUAAAGAAACCACAAUUUAUCGAAUAUGUCACGCUUAUCAACCCAUACAAGAAAAUAACGGUUUACAACCAUGCGAAAUAGAUUUAUUUAACAAACCACAUAAAAUUCCUAAUAAUUGUCGUUCAUUAAUUAUAACAGUAGAUCGAAACAUAUAUCAUAAACUUAAAUACCAAAAUGAAUGGAUAUAUUCAGUUCUUAACGACACAAUAGUAUCGUCUUGUACGGAUUUAACUGAACCUCAAAUAAAUCAUAUAACGGGAACUGGCAUUAUCAAAAUUUACGACAACGGAUGUCAGUUAUCGGGUAAACAUGUUGUAUUAACACCCAUAGAAGAAGUAUCACAUAAAAAAUUCAUAGAUUUUAUACCACAAAGUGAUAUGACCUCAUUAUUAGACAAAAUACCGCAGAAUGUACAUUUAAUAACAUUAAAAAAUAUAAGUUCAUAUAAGAGUUUAAAACUAACUGACCUACACGAAUAUUCACAAUCACUUAACGAAAUAGAACGACAGAUAAGCAAUGAGGAAGAGAGGCAAAAACAUUAUAGUCAACAUACUACGCAUUCGUAUACGUUAUACAUUAUGAUAGUGUUAAUCGUAUUAAUAAUAAUAAUGGUGAUAAUUAUAUACAUAAUAAUUAAGCGCGCAAAUUUAAUCGCUAUAGGAAGAACUAUUAUAGAUGCAUCCACACCAGUACCUAGUCGUAGACAAAAAUAUUCAAUUCAACGAGAUUUAACGAACGAACACGAUAGAUUCGAAGCCAUAUAUAAUGUAGUAGGAUCACGAUCACCAUCCCCAAGAUAA